UCACGGGUUGCACGCUGGCUUAGCGGUCCUCCUGACACGCGACUGACAUGCCGUACGAUCCUUGCGUCGUGCGGCGCAGCUCCACAGUCUUUUCUUUGUCCUGAACAUCGCGGGCGCACUUGCUCACUACUCUCCUCUCCUUCUCCGACAUGAGCAAGAUUCUGGGUAUCUGGGGCGAGGUGCCCGAAGAGAACCAGGAAUGGCUCGAGAAUACGCAAAUUCCGGAGGCGGCCAAGCGCUUGGGCACGCGCGCGUUGUACUUUCAGGCUGGGGAGAAUAUGUUUCCGGAGGAGAAUGCGCAGACUGCGACAUCGUUCACCCUGUACGACCCUUUGGAGUCUGCAGACUCGCAGUUGUCGCCUGAGCAGGGUCUAUCGCCGGCAAACUCAAGCAUCGAUGCGCUGAAGGACGUUAUUUUGGAGGCACAGUAUCAUACUUGUCAAUAUGAAGACAAAGCGAAGUCUUUCUCAGGAGACCUCGCCGAUGUCGGUUGUCUCGUCAUGGGCAGCUUCCAACCCACGCCAGAAAUGCACGACGCGUUCUUCGAGUGGUGGCGCGGCGAAUUCGUCCCCUUCAUCCAACGCUCACCUGACUUCCUACGGGUGCGCCUGUGGAAGCUGGAAGCAGCCGCCGACCUGCGAAAUCAGAUGGUUCAGAAGCGAACUCCCGACGACCUGUACCCGUACAUCAUGGUGUAUGAAUUCAAGUCCUACGAUAUGCCGUGGGAGGUCGCAGUCGAGAUCGGGCAGUCGAAGGCGUACCAGCAAUUCGUGGAGAAGGACUUGAAAUACAGGUAUGGGGUGUACCAUCUCAAGCGGAUAUACAAAGCAACCGGCGAAGUCGAGGCAGAGUUCAACAAAGAUGCGUACUCUGACGACGAAGAGCAAGGCUCGGCAUAGUCACUUGGAAAACCGAAGAAGCACCGACAGUGUGUACCUGACGCGCGCCGGGGCAACCCUGUUAUCAGCCCCUAGCGCACCACGUCCUAUAUCAUUGGUGGACACCAUAUACCUCUACACUACGUCCUAUCUUAUAAUCUUACACUUUUGAUGAAACAAACAUCCUAUCGACCUUCCCUAACCAUCCUGCAUAGCUCCGGCAAGUGUACCAAUGUUCAUGCGGGGUGAACCCACGCCUAGCCCUUGCCCUCGCUUCGGCUCUUUAAGACCAGGGUAGAGUCAAGUCACUGCCUUGGACCCCUGCCGAUCGCAUCUACAAUCGCCCGAAUG